AUGUUUCCCUCCAACACAAACAAUAUUGCUUCUGGUCAAUCCGACCGCAUGGUACCCCCUAGGAACGAUGAACAAAAGGGCGACUAUGUUCUGACCGAUCUCGAGCAAGACAUGGAUAUUGACGACUUAUUUGGAGAGGAGCAGGUCAUCCCCAGCGUUCCUCUCAGCGAUGAAGGACUGCUCCUGCAACUCCUCGCUGAACACAAGGUUCUGGUGCUAAGAAAGAGAGCCAUUGCCAGCUACACCUUAUCCAUUCCAGACUACGAAUCAGACUUGACGACGAACCUCCUCUGCAGUAUACCAUGCUCCAUCAUCAUACAAUCUUCCUCAUAUCUCUCCUGCACCUGGCAUGAACAACAUGCAGUCGGUCUGGUCGAGAGAAGGCGUCAAGUCCAAAUUUCUAUUCGAACCAAAGCCAAACGCUCCGCCGACCCUUUGGCCCCCAGCAAUAACAAGCAAGUCCUGGAAAAAACUCAGACUGAACUUGACGCCGUCUCGUAUAAGAUUUCAUUACUGCAAGAUACCGAGAAGGAAGUGUUGGCACUCGAUGCAACUCCGAAAAAGAACGGAGGCCUUCCAGCAAUUCGCUAUAAGAGUCUCCAAAGAGACUUCGUUAAGAUUCUUAGCGAUCUUAGCGGUCCCACUUCUGCUCUCCGAGCACAAAAGGAGCAAAAGUCUCCACAGGACUCUACCGCUGUAGGGCCUCUUAGAAACAAGAAUAAUCACAAUAACCGAUUUUCUGCUUAUAAAAAAUCAUCGAUCAAAGAAUCGACGCGGCCUGCUCCUGGCUCUUACCAGUGCAGUCGCUGUGGGGUGAACAACACCCAUAAUACGAACGAUCGUAAAUAUUGCAAUCAUUGUAAAAAACCGGGUCAUACAUUUAAUGAGUGCCGCAACCGGCAGAGGUUGAAUGGCAACGGAAAAAAUGAUAAUGAAAAGCUCGCUCAUCAUAAGAACGCAAACUUCUCUGCUGAAGGUGCGUACAUUAAACAAUCUGCAAAAAUGAUGUCUGACAAAAACACAGCAUCCUCUAACAUAUGCAUCUCUUCUGCUAUCACACAGGCAAAAAUAAGCCUUUCAGAAAAUAAGCAAACGGAGACAUAUACGGACGAUCCUACAGACAAAACGAUAAAGGGCACCGUGGCGCAUAAAGCCUCACACAAGCGAACAGCUGGUGAAUAUGAGGACAAGCCAUCUACCAUGCUAGAAACUGCACGAAAAAAGAUCAAUGACAUUGAUAAUAAAAAAGAAAUUUUCGAUAAACAAGCUUUUAUUUCUUCUCGAAACCCUUAUCAUAAAGCAAUGCAAAAUCCUGAAGGAAAUUAUGAAACAAUAGACUGGGAAUCAAUGAUAAAAAAUGAUCUGGCGCUUCACUCGCAAGCAGUUAAGCAUCCUUGCCCCGAAAUCAUCAAAACCUCGUCAUUGUCGAAAAAAGAUGAUAAUCCCCACAAAGCUCCAUCAGCCUCUACACUGCAGCAAGCGGAUAAGAGGAUUGUUGUGCAUGUCGUUGUCAACAGCGAGCGGAUGGAAGCUCUUCUUGACAUGGGCGCGACUGAUUCAUCUAUCAGAAAAGAUAUCGUCGCCAAUCUUGGCAUCCAUACCACUCCUAUCGAUGGCAUGGUACAAGGAUUGUCUCAGCUCCUUUAG